AGACGAUAUGGACGGCAUCCACAUUGUGGCCUUCGCGGAGGAGGACGACCCUGACGGUUACGAGUUCCUGGAGAUCCUGAAGGAAGUCGCCCAGGAUAACACAGACAACCCGGAUCUCAGCAUCAUCUGGAUCGAUCCCGAGGAUUUCCCACUGCUGAUCCCUUACUGGGAGAAAACCUUCGACAUCGAUUUGUCUCGGCCUCAGAUUGGCGUUGUCAACGUGACGGAUGCCGACAGCAUCUGGAUGGAGAUGGAUGACGAGGAGGAUCUUCCUUCUGCGGAGGAGCUGGAAGACUGGAUUGAGGAUGUGCUGGAAGGAGAGAUAAACACCGAAGACGAUGAUGAUGACGAUGAUGACGAUGAUGACGAUGAUGACUAAGGCCCCUCCCAUUUUUCGUGCAAGGCCGGCCCUGCCUGGAGAGCCCCACCCAUCCGGCCCUCCGGCCCCACACACAGCCGAGCCCAACAGCAGCCCACCUGGCCUGCACGGAAAGACCCCCGGCCCUAGGCAGAAAAUAUUUUUAUAUUGAUCUUAUUUACGUCCAAGGCCCCCACCGCAGUCUGACCAGGCUCCCUCCACGCAGCCCCCCCCCCUGG